UGUCAUUUCUAUCACUCUUGCUCUUCUUCCGCCUGCCAUGUCAUCUUUCCUCCCGGAACUUACUUGACGGCCACAGUCUACCUGAGAUCCGGCGUCGUCCUGCACGUGGAGGAAGGUGCCACUGUACUCGGCGGCACGAAGCUCGAAGACUACCCGAAGGAGUCGUCUAGGUGGUACGUGGUGGUAGCGGAGAAUGCGAGCAACGUCGGGAUUACUGGGGGAGGAGUCAUCGACGGUCAGGGGCUGAAGUUCGUGACGAGGUUCGACGAGCGGAAGAACGUUAUGGUGAGCUGGAAUCAGACCGGGAGUUGCUUGGGGGAUGAGUGCAGACCACGCCUCGUUGGGUUCAUCGGGUGCAAAAACGUCACCGUUUGGAAUAUUCAGUUCAUCGAGCCGGCCUACUGGUGGUUAGUUCACUACUUUUUUUCUUUACUGCCCUUUUACUCUCUCCAAUUGCAGUAAUGCCCUCGUCGCUUUUAAUGACGACCUAUAAAAAAACUAGUGCCUUUACGUAAGACCAACCACAUAAUGAAACUAUACUUUUAACCUAAAACCAUUGUAUUAAAUCCUUUAUCAAGUACCAAAGACUAGUUUGAAUUAGCUUUAUAUACUACUUAUAUAAACUAAGAAGCAAUGUUUGUAUUUGUUUUGAGGAAGACUGUUUCAGCUACAUCAUAUAAUACAUGUUGUACAGGUAUACUUGAUAAGUUGGAAUCUUGGUCGAGUAUAAAAUGUCUUUUCUGAUUGAACACGAAAAGAAAUAUUUAAUCUAAUAAUGGGAUUAUGUUCU